AUGGCGUCCGCCGCGGAGGCGCGUCUGGACGCCCCGGCGCCCUCGGUGCGCCGCGCGGCGCUGCACUGCACGGCCAAGCUGUCGGCGCCCGGCACGCCGGAGAGACGGCUCGCGAUGCUGCACAAGGUUAUGGACAGGGCGUCGGACUCUGAUGUGGACGUGCGCGCGGCCGUGUUGCAGGGGAUGACUCAGCUGGCGGAGGUGGGGGACAAAGCGGCGCUUGCGAUGACUCAGCGCGCCCUGGAGGACAAGUCCCCCAGCGUGCGGCGCCAGGCGCUGCAGACCCUGGAGCAGCUGGUGGUGGUGGCAGACAACCGAGCCUUGCGGCUGGUCGCCAAUGCGGCCUCGCAGGACAAGGACAUGACCGUCCGUAGAGUGGCGGAGGAGGUGAACACAGCGCUGAAGUCCAGGCAGCAUCAGCCAAGCAGCCUUUGGGGGCUCUUCCGCGGUCGGUCUGCUUGA